AUGGAGCUGGGUAGCCCAGGGCUAGCAUCUUGCUUUCAUUCUUUAAACCCGCACACCACCCAACUUCCCCCAACUGCUUUUACCUAUUCCCGAGAUGAGGAGACCUCCUUCGAACACCAGCUAAGCCGGCCCGACAUGCAGACACUUUCCACCAUGACCCCUUAUCAACGUCCUCCAUUCGACAGUUCCUCCCGCACCAAAGAAACUCAAACCAACCAACCGGAACCAAACAUGACCAUCUCAUUCCGCCGUAUCCUACAUCUUCGCCAUCUGCAGUCAUAUCUUCAGCAGCCAUAA